AUGAGGUUGAUCGCAUUUCUCACCUGUCUGGUGGCCUUCGUGGCGCCAGCCUUCGCAGUGAAAUUCCUCGAAUCUAAUUCAUUAAACCUUUGCAUGGAGAGCAGCAACUUCACAGCUACUUACUUCCAUGUCAAAUUCUAUCCCAACAAUAACUCGCUCGAAAUCGGUUUCGAUGGCGUGUCAUACAUAUCCGGCAAGGUUGUCGCAGACCUGAGCUUGACAGCCUAUGGUUACAAGGCCUAUUCGAACACUCUCAACCCCUGUGAUAUUGAAGGCAUGGGAAUGUGCCCAAUGGCUCCCGGUCCCAUCGACUUGGAUUCCGUUUCCCUGACUCUUCCGGGUGAUACUGCGUCGAACAUCCCCGGUAUCGCCUAUACUGUCCCAGAUCUCGAUGCAACCGUACGAAUCCUGAUCAGGAGAAAUGAUACGGGAGAAGCGAUUUCUUGUGUGGAGGCGUCACUAUCUAACGGCAAAACUGUCUAUCAAAGUGGAGUUGCGUGGACGACCGCAAUCAUUUCAGGAUUAGGUCUUGCGGCAUCUGCUAUCACGUCAGGGCUGGGCCACUCGAACACCGCUGCGCACGUUGCUGCGAACGCCCUUUCUCUAUUCGGUUUCAUGCAAUCUCAGGCCAUGAUCGGUAUGACCUCAGUUCACAUGCCACCUAUUGUCGAGUCUUGGACUCAAGAUUUCCAGUGGAGCAUGGGUAUCAUCCACGUCAGCUUUCUGCAAAAGAUCUGCACCUGGUACCAGCGCUCUACCGGGGGUACUCCUUCGACUGUUCUUUCUUCACUCAGUAAAACAUCCGUGGAGGUUCUCAAGAAGCGAGCCGUGGACCCUAUGGUCAAUCUUAUGCGGAGGUCUAAUAUUAUGAGGAGAGGGAUGAACAUGCUCGCGAAGCGAGACGCCAGUCAGAAAGUUAGCGUUGUACGCGGUAUCGAUCGUGUUGGGUUCCGUGCUAAGAUUGAAGAGACUAAUAUUUUCCUGACUGGUCUCAUUUUCUUCGUCGUCUUUGUCUGUCUUGUGGUUAUAAUUAUCGCAUCUUUCAAGGCUAUCUGCGAGUUACUUAUCAAGCACGGCAAGAUGAAGAGUGAUAAGUUCCAGGACUUCCGCAACGGCUGGAAGGUUGUCACUCGAGGCAUUCUGUUCCGACUAACAUUGAUCGGUUUCCCUCAAAUGUGUAUCCUCUGUCUAUGGGAGUUUACCAAGCGUGACUCCCCAGCCGAGGUGGUCCUGGCUGUGGUCAUGCUCCUAUCUAUGUUCCUUGCUUUAGGAUGGGCAGCACAGAAGGUCAUUCGCCUGGCCAAGCGCUCGGUCACGAUGCACAAGAACCCGGCAUACAUCCUAUAUUCUGAUCCCUCGAGCCUCAACAAAUGGGGUUUCCUGUAUGUGCAAUACCGAGCAACGGCCUACUAUUUCGUCGUUCCCUACCUCGUCUACGUUCUCAUCAAGAGUAUGUUCAUCGGAUUGAGCCAGCCUGCUCCCGUCGUCCAAACUGUGGCUCUGGUUGUUCUUGAGGCUGGUAUGUUGGUCGCAGUUUGUGUUCUUCGACCAUGGAUGGACAAGAAGACCAACGUUUUCAACAUUUCAAUCGCGGUAGUGAACUUCAUAAAUGCGAUCUUCUUGUUGGUAUUCUCCAACGUUUUCAACCCCCCAGGCUUGAUGGUCGGUGUCAUGGGUGUCGUUUUCUUUGUAUACAAUGCUGCUUUCGCCUUGGUUCUCCUCGUUCUUGUUUUGAUCGCCUCCGUCUACGCCGUUAUGUCCAAGAAUCCCGACACCCGAUACCAGCCAAUGCGCGACGACAGAGGAUCAUUCAUCAAGUCUCAGACCCAGCUGAAUACCGAGCUCGAUGCCUUGGGUGCCACUGCAAGAGGCGAAAUGAAAGCCCAAUCAUACCAGCAAGACCCAUUUGAAGAUGAUUCGACCUCUAUUUCUAGUGGUCAACGCCCGGGCAGCAAUGGAAACCAGCGCCUAAAUGCAGACAGUAUCUCUCGACAGCAACAUUCACGAUCCCCCAUCGACCCAUCAGUACCACUAAUCCCUAGCAACCCGUCCAGUACACGGGUUCCUCCCCCAGGUUACGACCAUCUUGGCCGUCCAUCACCAUCAGUUCAAAACUACGACAACAUGCCUGUUGGGCAAUCAGCAAUGGCUCCAAGCAAUCAAGCCCAUAACACAUCUAGUCCAUGGAAACGUGGAGCAGGUUAUGAACAGUGA